AUGAGUGUCACCGAGAAAUUCCCAACGGUGAAAUCGUUACUCAUGUUACUAGCAAUGUAUGGUGGGGGGCUUGACUAUAAGCUAUACCGGUAG